AUGCACCAGGCAAACUGGUUACAGGCACAGAAUGCACCAGGCAAACUGGUUACAGGCACAGAAUGCACCGGGCAAACUAGUGACAGGCACAGAAUGCAUCGGGCAAACUGGUUACAGGCACAGAAUGCAUCGGGCAAACUAGUGACUGGCACAGAAUGCACCGGGCAAACUGGUUACAGGCACAGAAUGCACCGGGCAAACUGGUUACAGGCACAGAAUGCAUCGGGCAAACUGAUUACAGGCACAGAAUGCACCAGGCAAACUGGUUACAGGCACAGAAUGCACCGGGCAAACUGGUUACAGGCACAGAAUGCACCGGGCAAACUGGUUACAGGCACAGAAGGCACCGGGCAAACUGGUUACAGGCACAGAAUGCACCAGGCGAACUGA